UCAUAAUUUUCAGGAUCAGGUGGACAAAGUGAUAGGCUUGGUAAGAUAUUCACUCACGGUGCGAGAGAGAAUCUCUUUGAGCUCAAUGGUGAUUCUUCAUGUUCACGCCAAAGAUGUUAUCAAGGGUUUGAUUGAUAAAAACAUUUGCUCUCCACACGAUUUUCAAUGGCUUUCACAACUAAGAUACUACUACCAUCCAGAGCAGAGUGAAAUGUCAGUGUGUAUCACAAAUGCUAAACUCAAUUAUUCCUAUGAAUAUGUUGGAAAUGUAUCGCGACUUGUAAUCACUCCGUUGACAGAGCGUUGCAAUCUAACGCUUAUUGGUGCCUACAAUCUUCACAUGAACGUGGCUGCUGAGGGUCCAGCAAGUACUGGAAAAACAGAAAGCAUCAAAGAUCUUGCCAAAGCUAUCGCCAUUCAUUGUCUCAAUUUCAACUGUAAUAGUCAACUUGAUUAUAAGUCUCUGAGUCAGUUUUUCAAGGGAAUAGCAUCAUGCGGAUGUUGGGUUUGCUUUGAUGACUUCAAUCGAGUUGAGAUACAGGUUCUCAGUGUAGUAGCUCAGCAAAUGCAUAGUAUAAUGCUGGCGAUCAGAAAUAAUGCCAAAGUGCUCAACUUUGAUUGUUGUGAGUUGAAUUUGAAUCCAUCGUGCUUUGUAUGUAUCACUGUGAAUCCUGGAUAUGUGGGUCGAUGUGAACUUCCUGAUAAUCUCAAGGUUCUUUUCAGAACUGUUGCUAUGAUGGUACCAGACUUCUCGUUGAUUGGCAAAAUUCUUCUAAUGUCUUACGGGUUCCAAGAAGCGGAAAUUCUCUCUGUGAAAGUAGUGACCACCUAUAAACUUUUUUCAGAACAGCUAUCAACGCAACCGCAUUAUGAAUUUGGUCUCAGAUCAAUAAAAACUGUUAUUCAAAACGCGGGUGACUUGAAGACAAUACAAUCCGAUGUUGAUGAACACCGCCUUAUACUCCAGGCUCUUGUCGACAUAGCUUUUCCCCAAGUUCUUGAUGAGUAUGAUGCAUCCAUUUUUAGUGAUAUAAUUUCAGACAUGUUCUUAUGUGAAGAUGUACCUCACCAUGAGUUCCGUGGAACACAUAUUGCAAUCAUUAAAAAGGCCUGCAGCUUUCAACGUGUUCAAGCAUCAGAUAAUUUUGUGAAGAAGACUCUUCAAACAUAUCAGAUGAUGAAUGUUAGACACGGAUUGGUAUUAGUUGGACAACCUUUUUGUGGAAAAACUACCAUCUUACAUGUCUUAGCUGAAGCUAUCAAGCUGGGAAUUUCAAAAGAAGGAAUAGUGUCAUCCAUUGCAGUAAGGAAACUCAAUCCAAAAGCCAUAACAAUUCAACAGCUCUAUGGAUACAUCGACAGAACAUCCAAUCAUUGGAUUGAUGGAAUUAUUCCCAAAUUAUUCAGGGAGCUUCUGUACAGAAACACUGCAGAGAAAAAAUGGGUGAUAUUUGAUGGUCCUGUAGAUGCUGAAUGGAUUGAGAAUAUCAACACGGUUCUAGAUGAUAGUAGAAAACUCUGUUUGAAUUCAUUGGAAGUUAUAUACUUGACUUCCAAUAUGUCUUUAAUUUUCGAAGUGACAGAUUUGACACAGGCUUCUCCAGCAACAGUAUCAAGGUUGGGAAUCAUUUACGUCCAAGAAAAUUGUAUCAAUUGGAAAUAUUUGGUGAAGUCAUGGCUCCAGUCUCUGCCUGAAGAGUUUUCUGUAAUAACAGUGGAAAUUGGUGACUACUUCUAUUCGAUCAUUGAUUCAUGUCAUGAAUUUAUGAAAAAUAACUGUCGAACGGUCAUAGAUGCUGGACUCUCCAACAGUGUGAAAACAAUGCUGUCACUAGUAUACAUUUUCAUGACAGAGGCAUUCAAAGAGAACACUUCUGAGGACAUGAAACAUGUCUCGCUUUGGAUUCAAGCUUCGUUUAUUUUGUCAGUAAUUUGGGGGCUGGCUGGUAAGUUGGAUCAGGAUUCAAGAGAAAAGUUCGAUAUUUUCUUCAAAGAAUUGUGGAAAGAAGGAUUGACCAAAGAUAGUGAAUCAGCAAUCAAGACUGAUCUGUACAUUCCAUCCGAGGGGAUCAUGCAUGACCAUUUCUUCCAUUUCAAGGGUAAAGGCCAAUGGAAGUACUGGCCUGACCUUCUCAGGCAUAUCAAAAUUGACGAAAUGGAUAAUGUUCUACAAACCCUGAUUCCAACUGUUGAUAGUUGCAAAUAUUUGUACUUCAUUGAGCGUCAUAUCAAGCAUAAUUUGCCCAUGCUACUUGCUGGUCCUCCGUGCACAGGGAAGAGCCUUUUCAUAAAGGAUUUCAUGAUGAAAAACUUACCAUUUGAUAAAUACAUUCCUGCACUGAUGUCAUUCACCACGAAUACUUCAGCAAGAUUAACACAGCAAGUUCUACUGUCCAAACUGGUGAAGAGAAAGCAAGGAAUUCAGGGUCCACCGGUUGGACGUACCUGUGUUAUAUUCAUUGAUGAUCUUCACAUGCCAAUGAAAGAGGAUUUUGGUGCUCAGCCACCAAUAGAAUUAUUGCGACAGUUUUUCGACCAUGGAUUCUGGUACGAUUUGGAAGACUUGAGUGAGAUACAGUUGGAAGACAUCCUACUUUUAGCUGCUGUAGGGACAGCAUCUAAACCGGUGUCGCCACGAUUUCUCAGACAUUUUCAUUUGUUCUCAGUAAAUAUGUUAUCAGAUGAAAGCAUUAUUAGAAUAUUCACAUCGUUUCUCAACAUAGGAUACAGGAGAAAUGGGUUUGGAACCGAUGUAGCACCAAUAACUACAACCAUUGUAACUGCCAUGCUGGAUAUGUAUCAUUGUCUACUGAAGACAUUGCUUCCAACGCCUGCCAAGCCUCAUUACCUGUUCAACAUAAGUGACAUGUCUCUAGUCAUCAGUGGGCAUCUUCUUAUCAAGAAAGAUUCCGUUGACACGAAGAAGUUUUUUAUUAAGCUUUGGGUGCAUGAGAUGAUGAGAGUUUUUCAUGAUAGAUUGGUUGAUCCGAGUGAAUGUACCUGGUUUUACAAGCAGCUAAGAAAUACAGUUGAAGAACAUUUCAAGGAGCCGUUCGACUCGUCAUUGGAUAGCCUACUGGGCAAUGAAGAGGAAGAGGUUACAGAAGAAAAACUUGGCUACCUUUUCUUCAGCAAUAUAUCGGACAGGAAAUACGAGGAACUAAAUUCAAUUGAACAAUUCCAUAAUCUAGCUAUCAGUGCUCUAGAAAAGUACAACCAAGAGCGUACGAAAAAACUCAAUAUAAUCCUUUUCGAUUAUGCGCUAGUUCAUCUAUCUCGUAUACUGCGGAUGCUGUCAGUACCAGGAGGAUGUGGCUUGCUAGUUGGACCAGGGGGCUCCGGUCGCCAAUCUUUGAUCGUUCUAGCUUCUGUCUUGUGCAACCAAAAAACGUUCCAACCAAACAUCAUUAGCGAUUAUGCGUUCGAAGACUGGCGAGAGGAUUUGAAACAUAUUCUGAUGGAUACAGGUGGCAGGAAUAAAUCAGUUGUUUUCAUCUUCACCGAGUAUCAGAUGAAUAGAGACUUCUACCUGGAAGAUAUUGAUGUUCUCAUCAACUCUGGAGAGGUUCCAAACAUUUUCAAUGUGGAGGAGAUUCAAAAUAUUCUGGAGCUUGUGAGAUUGGAUGCACAAGGUGGAAACAGAAACCUGGACAUUCAUCCGUUGACAGUUCUCUCUUAUUUCAAGUCAAGAUGUAAAGACAAUCUGCAUAUAAUGCUAUGCUUGAGUCCUGGAGGUUCAUGCUUUCGUAAUCGCCUACUGUUAUAUCCAUCAUUCAUCAAUUUUUGCAUAAUAGACUGGUUUCAGGACUGGCCUGAAGAUGCACUCAUAAAAUUGUCAGAGUUCUAUUUGAAGGAUGUUGAUUUGGAAGAAGAAAAAAAAGGACAUGUCAUUGAAACUUGUAAAACGAUUCACUCUACUGCUAGGGAAAAUGCUGAAUAUUAUUUCAAAGUGUCUGGAAGGAAGACGUUUGUAACAUCAGAGAUGUACUUGAACUUCAUUCGCCUUCUUGCCAACAAAUCAAUGAAGCGCAACAAGGAGUUAUCAAUAGCCAAAGAGAAAUAUGAGAAUGGUCUUAAAAAAUUGGAAUUUGCAGGAUCACAGGUGCUAGAUAUAGAAAAAGAACUGGAAGAGCUUGUGCCAUUACUGGAAGCAGCUGACAGAGAAACUGAACAGAUAAAGGAUACUGUUGUAGCCGAAACUAUUCAAGUUGACAAAGGUUCAGCUCUUGUACGUGAAGAUGAAAAAAUAGCUAAUAUUCAAGCUACUGCAGCAAAUGAGCUCAAAACUGAGUGUGAAGCUGAUCUAGCUCAAGCUAUACCUAUUUUAGAAGAGGCGGUUGCUGCUUUGAAUACGCUCAAACCAACUGAUAUUACACUAGUAAAAUCGAUGAAAAAUCCACCAGAUACUGUGAAACUUGUAAUGGCAGCAGUGUGUGUCAUGAAAGAUAUUAAACCCGAUCGAGUUCCUGAUGCUCAGAAUCCUGGGAGAAAGAAACUGGACUAUUGGGGACCAAGCAAGAGACUGCUAGGAGAUAUGGGGUUUCUACAAGGCUUGAAAGAUUUUGAUAAAGACAAUAUAUCUCCUCUGAUCAUGCAAACAAUCAGAAAACAGUACAUUCCAAACAAGGACUUCAAACCUCACAUUGUAGCAAAGGCAUCGAGCGCCGCUGAAGGUCUCUGCAAAUGGGUUAUAGCUAUGGAUAUGUACGACGCAGUUGCCAAGGUAUAAAAAUCUAUUUCGCCCCACUUGGAUGUAAUGAGCUGGUUUACGUGCGUCAUAUGGAGGCUGAAAGUGAUUGU